AUGGCCUCAAGGAAUGAUGGUAUUCAGCUCCUUUUGCAAGCCGAAAAGAGUGCCAGUGAGAAAGUAAAUGAGGCAAAAAGGCGUAAAGCUAAACGAUUAAAGGAAGCUAAAGCUGAGGCUCAGGCAGAAAUAGAAGCUGAACGAGCUGAGCGUGAGCAUCACUUUAAAAUUUGUGAGGGUAAGGUACUUGGUCGUCGAUCAGAAAUUGAGUCACAGAUUCAAAAGCUAACCCAAGAAAUAAUCGAUACUCAGACUGCCUCAGAAUACAAAGCUGAAUUGCAUUAUAGGUGUACAAAAAUUGCACAAGAAAUAUCUAAUAAAGAGCAAUGUGAAGUCAAUAUGGAUAUAAUUUGCUUGAUGACUGAAUUGAUCUUCCGUUUUCACCAAAUUCUUGCCACAGAUCUAGAAACAUUUAGUCGGCAUGCAAAACGUUCAACAGUAACUGUAGAUGAUGUCUUUUGUUUCGUCCGAAGAAAUCCUCAACUGUUACAACAUUUAACGGAUUACCACAAAAAUCAAAUUGGGAAUAGUAAACAAGAAUCUGAUUUGUCAAGCGAAACUUUCAAAACAAAACCAAAGCUUAAAGCUGCUAGGAAAAAAUCUAACUUAAAUAAGAUUGGCUUUAAUGAACCCAAUAAACCGAACGAAGCAGUGCAAACUUCAUAA